AUGACGUCAGACCGAUGGCCAGAUCACGACAUAUCGACAUUAAAACUAUUGCAAAUAGUGCACCGACACGGAGACAGAGCGCCCACUGGUUUUCCCCUCAAUGAUCCCUUUAAGGAUCCAAAGUAUUGGGUGGAAGGGAUCGGCGAACUGACAACUGCUGGCAAAUACCGUAUGUAUAAAUUGGGACAAUUUGUACGACAAGAGUAUAGCAAUUAUUUGGGCGACAAAUACUCGCCCCGAGAGGUAUACGCCAGGAGUUCAGUCACCGGAAGGUGUAUUGAAAGUCUAUCGGCUGUAUUGGCCGGCGCUUAUCCACCAAAACAAAAGGACUGGCAGUGGGGUAAUGAAACGGACGCACAGUUGGGCCGCGUUUGGCAACCCUUUCCCAUUGAGACAUUUAUGCCACAUGAAAAUGAUCUCGUUUUAAGUGAUGCAAAGAGUUGUAGAGUUGCCGAUAAAGAGUGGCACCAAAUAUAUGACAAUAACACAGAGAUUAAAGCAUUUGAGGCCAAAAACAAAGAGUUUUAUGAAAAGUUGAGUAAAACUAUGGGCGAAGUGAUAGACAUUCAUAAGGCGGACGCCUAUCACGAUAUCCUCAACAUUGAAAUGAAUCACAACUACUUCUGGAGUAAAACCUGGUCUAAGGAUGAGGAGAAGGAUGUCGUCAAACAGUUAUACGACUCCCAUAUACUGACAUUCAAACACAAUUGGAUGAGUCCUGCGAUACAACGGUUCAGAGCCGGAGGUUUAGUGAAAGAAUUGAACAUUAAUUUUGAUCGCGUUUUGAAGAAUACAAACAAUAAGAAAGUAUACGUGUAUUCAACACACGAUACACUCAAUUUGCAAUACCUUGGUAUUGUUUAUUACUUUGGUGUAUGUCUGGCAUCAGACCGAUGGCCAAAUCACGACAUAUCGACACUAAAAUUGCUACAAAUAGUGCACCGACACGGAGACCGAUCGCCCACACAUUUCCCACCCAAUGACCCCUUUAAAGAUCUCAAUAAGUAUUGGGUCGAAGGGUUGGGAGAACUGACCACUAAAGGCAAGUAUCGUAUGUAUAAAUUGGGAGAAUUCAUACGACAAGAGUAUAACCAGUAUUUGGGGGACAAAUACUCGCCGCGAGAGGUGUACGCCCGGAGCUCUUUAGCGGACAGAUGUAUAGAAAGUUUAUCCAACCUCUUAUCGGGCGCUUAUCCGCCGAAACAAAAGGAGUGGCAAUGGGGUAACGACUCGGACGCAGCCCUCGGCAAAGUUUGGCAGCCGUUUCCCAUUCAGACAUUUAUGCCUAAAAACGAUGAUCUCGUCUUAAAUCAUGAAAAGAAAUGUAAUCGUGUGGACAAAGCGCUGGAAGAGAGAUAUAACAAAAGUGAUGUUAAGAUGUUUUUGAAAGCUAAUGAAGAGUUGUAUAGAAAUGUGAGCGCAUAUGUGGGCGAAACUGUAGACACGAUAGGAUUUGCUGGGGGUCUUGAGGGAGUGCUCGACAUUGAGAUGUUUUACAAUCAUUUCUGGACUAAUGUUUGGACUAAAGAGGAAGAGAUAGAAAUUGCGGCACAACUUCAUAAAUCACAUUUAGCCAGUUAUCGCUAUGAAUGGGACACUCCUAUCAUUCAACGGCUCAGAGCCGGCGGUUUAUUUGAUUAA